CAGAACAGACAACACGUACACAUCGAGGGACAUUCGUACGGAGUAAGCAAGAAUAGAAGGAGAGCGCAAAAUGUCAAAUGACAAGUGGUUCGAGAUGAACCAAAGCACCCAGAAGCUGAUCGGCGAACCACCGAAGCGCAAGUUUGUUCAGAUACGCUGGAGCUCCAUUCUGGCGGUCCCCACGCUCCCGUUGGUCGUGCUUUUCAUCCAAAGCAUCGUCUUCUUCUACUUGAACAGGCCUCAGGACAUCGUCAAAGAGUUGGGCGCGCUGGUAGCGACUUUGCCCAACAGCAUCCCGGACCGCAACUGCACCGACUUAGCCUGCCACUGGGCGGCCCUGCAGACCGCUUUAGCACAGCUGAAUGCAAGUCAUGCCGCGAUUUCCAACCACCUGGAGAAGGGUCAGACCGCACGCGCAAGGCUGAAGGCAGGUCAGGAGGCAGGUCAGAUGGCAUUGGCGGAGCUGAAGGCAGGUCAGGAGGCAGGUCAGAUGGCAUGGGAAGAGCUGAAGGCAGGUCAGACAGCAGGUAAGACCGCAUUGGCAGAGCUGAAGGCAGGUCAGGAGGCAGGUCAGACGGCAUUGGCGGAGCUGAAGGCAGGUCACGGCACCAUUUCCAGCGACCUGGAGAAGAGUCAGACCGCAUUGGCAGGUCAGGAGGCAGGUCAGACGGCAUUGGCAGAGCUGAAGGCAGGUCAGGAGGCAGGUCAGACGGCAUUGGCGGAGCUGAAGGCAGGUCACGGCACCAUUUCCAGCGACCUGGAGAAGACUCAGACCGCAUUGGCAGAGCUGAAGGCAGGUCAGACGGCAUUGGAGGCAGGUCAGGAGGCAGGUCAGACGGCAUUGGCAGAGCUGAAGGCAGGUCAGGAGGCAGGUCAGACCGCAUUGGCAGAGCUGAAGGCAAGUCACAACGCGGGUCAGAGCCUGCUGGCCAAAGCCUGGCAGGAGAUUAGCAGCGACAAAGGGCUUCUGAGUCAGACACUGAAAGACCUGAAGACGGACUACAACAGCAUGUCUCGGGCGCGCUCACAAGAGAACAAGGACUUGAGUUCGGCUUUGUCCAGCUUGCGGCAGAAGGUGGUGGAUCAGCCCACCCUUAACAGGGAACUCCAUGGUCUCAUGCCCAGAGACUGCAGUGACAUCAUGGCGGCGGGAAAGUCCACAAGUGAUGUCUAUACCAUCUUUACAGGGUCCAACAGCUUUGAGGCUUACUGCAACAGGUGGCAAGACGGGGGAGGCUGGACCGUGAUCCAGAGGAGAAAGGACGGCACCGUCGACUUCUCUCGGGGUUGGAACGACUUUCGAAAGGGCUUUGGACGCCUCUCCGGAGAGCACUGGCUCGGCCUGCAAAAUAUCCACGCUCUGACGGCCUCGGGCGAUUACCAGUUGCGGAUCGACUUCACCGCAUUCGACGGCGCCAAAUACUACGCUCUCUACAACACGUUCACGGUGGGCCGGAACUCGAUGGACCCCGACCUGGACGGCUACCCGCUGUAUGUGAGCGGCUACUCUGGAAACGCAGGUAGCGACUCCCGCCGGGGGGGGGGGGGCACACUCGAGAGCCUGCGCCGCCUGCGUGUGCUCAAAAGCAAGUUUGUGUGCUUUGCAGGCGAUCGUUUCACCCAGCAUUCUGGGGAGAUGUUCACGCCAUCUUUUAACCAUCUUGUGGCUGGCGUUCCAGAAAGACAAGAGCUGAGAGGAUGCGGGACGGUGUCUCUGCUGCCGCUGCCGUUGCUGCUGCCGCCACCCGAGAUCAUGCACCAAUAA